CCGUCCAUCAUGGGCCGGGUGCCCGCACACAGAGCCCCUCCGCCCCCCCACAGUGCAGACUGUCAUGGAGCCUCCGGACUUUGCGGCUCUAAACUUGACGCAGGAGCACGCGUCCUCGCGGCACCCACUGUGUGCGGAGUGGGAGUCUCACGCCCAGGGCCCGGUGUUCCACCUGGCGCACAUCCUCCUCUUUUUGGGCUUCACGGGCGGCAGCGGCUCGUACGGGCGGCUGUAUUCCUUUUCCUUGCUGGUUCUGGGCUUCCUGUGCAGUUCUCUGGAGUCCUGGUGGGACCCGUGCGCGGUCGAGUCGCUCCUGUGGAACCUGGCGCUGUCGUGCGCGUGUCUGGGGCAGACGCUGCUGAUCUCCUUCCGGCUGAGGAGCCUGAACUUCAGCGGAGACGUGCUGAAGCUCUACGACUGCGUCUUCCGGCGGAUCGGGGUGUCUCCGGCGCACUUCAGGGAGAUCAUAGUCUGCAGCGACCCGGACGCGCACGUGCUCAAGAAGGACCAGUGCUUCGCUGUGGAGGGAAAAACCCCAAUCGACAAGCUGUCUGUGCUCCUGUCGGGCAGAGUUCGAGUAACAGUUAAGGGAGAGUUCCUGCACUACAUCUACCCCUUCCAGUUCCUGGAUUCUCCAGAGUGGGAUUCUCUGAGGCCCUCGGAGGAAGGAAUCUUCCAGGUGACCUUGUGUGCUGAGGAGACCUGUCACUACGUGUCCUGGCCAAGGAAGAAGCUCUACCUACUUUUCGCCAAACAUCGGUACAUUGCUCGGAUCUUCGCUUUGGUGGUGCGCAAUGACAUCGCAGAGAAGCUGUACUCGCUUAGUGACAAGGCCGUCAACAGAGACGGGCACCGCUGUGAUCUCCGUUUGCCGACUUUCUGCCACAUGCCACCGACGGCUGUGGAAGAUGCAGAUGAGAAGAGACAGGGUGAGAUGGCAGUCUGCGAACCAUUACUCAGUGAACAGAGGGACUGAUGCCUCUCACCUGCUGCUACCAGCUUGAAGUUCUGAAAGUUGACUGAACAUAUCUGAAACAUGUUGAAGCAUUCUUCUCCCGUCAGCUGUGGAUGACCUACAGCCUGAUAAUCAUCCGCUCAUCAGCUCAAAGUCAUCCUCUGUAGAUGACAUCAUUCUUCUACAGCAGAAACUUGCUGUUAUUUUCUUGUCUGGGGUUUUAAAGGUUCUCAUGGUUCGACAGAAACUUUGGUCUUCUGUUCAUAAAAGAUUCUGUUAAUGAAGGUUCACUACAUCAUUAAAACCUAGAGAAUUACAACUACACAAGGUUCUUCUGUUUGUUUUGGUUCUCAAUCUUGUUUAGAUGUGAAGGAAUGAACUUUGUAGAAUGUUUAACCAAAUGAAAAAUGUAAUCCUUUUAAGCAAAGUCAGAAAUGAGAAGAGGGAGGUUAAUAAAAACAAAUAAAUUCAAAGAAAAGCCAGGUUUCUGGCAGCACUGAAGAUGGGAAAGCUAAAAAAACGUUUUAGUGUGUUUUUCUUUAUCUCCCUUAAGGCAGCAGACAAACUGUGAAUGUGGAGAAAUCCUGUGACACUUGUUCUGGUUUGGUUAAGAUUGAGGCAAUAAACAAAGUUCUAAAAUAAACACAAUUUCUUUUAA